AUGGGUAAUUCAGUAUCAAAGGCAUUGGGGAAACUAUUUGGUUCUCGUGAAAUGAAAAUUUUAAUGUUAGGACUGGAUAAUGCAGGUAAAACUACAAUUUUAUAUAAGUUAAAAUUAAAUAAAAUUAAAACUUCUGCACCAACUGUAGGUUUUAACGUUGAAACUGUGUCAUAUAAAAAUGUUAAGUUUAAUAUGUGGGAUGUAGGUGGACAAGAAAGAUUAAGACCAUUAUGGAGACAUUAUUUCCCUGCAACGACAGCAUUGAUUUUUGUAAUAGAUUCACAUGACAAAGAUAGAUUAAAUGAAGCAAAAGAAGAACUGUACAGUAUUAUAAGUGAAAAGGAAAUGGAAAAUGUUGUACUAUUAGUCUGGGCUAAUAAACAAGAUUUAAAGGGUGCAUUGAAACCACAAGAAGUUUCAGAUUUCUUACAAUUAGGCAAUAAUUUAAAAAAUCAAUUAUGGUGUGUUGUAGGUAGUAAUGCAUUGACAGGACAAGGUUUAGUGGAAGGUUUGUCUUGGAUUUCUAAUAAUACUGCCAAAAAAUAA